GGUCCAAAAAUUAGCCUAAGUAUUUGGUGGACACCAUAAAAGUUAAGCAUUUUCUUUUUAAUAUUCUAAUAGCAAAAGAAAGAGUUGACAGAAAAAAUCACCAAGGGGAGGCCGGAGGGGAAAGAUCUUGAACAAGACAUAGAGCAGAGGUGACUGAGGAAUGAAUUCAAAUACGACAGUAACACACAAGGGAGGAUGUCACUGCCAAAGCGUAAGGUGGGAAGUGCAAGCUCCAUCAAGCAUUACAGUUUGGAAAUGCAACUGUAGUGAUUGUUCAAUGAGAGGCAACACUCACUUCAUAGUCCCAUCUACACAGUUCAAACUAGUUGGAGAUUCUGAAAAGUUCAUCACUACUUACACCUUUGGCACACAUACUGCAAAACAUACCUUCUGUAAAAUCUGUGGCAUAACAUCAUUCUACACUCCAAGAUCCAACCCAGAUGGCAUAGCUGUGACAAUCAAUUGUGUUGAUCCUGGAACAGUGACCCAUGUCGAGAUUAAGCCGUAUGAUGGCAGAAACUGGGAGAAGUCUUAUCAUCAAACCUCUAUCGCUUCGUGUUCUAAAUUGCAGAGCUAAAACAAGGGUUUCAAGUUUACCCACAAGUUUUCUUUAAGGUCAUCAAAUUGUUGUUGAACUUAAAUGUCUGUAAUUGUAGCUGUAUUAAGUAGGCGGGAUGUGCUCCAAAAGCCUUUGCCGGUAGACAGAGAGAGUUACUCUGAAUUUUUUAGAAUAUCGCUAAAAUUUGAUUAUACCCAUGCUUCGCAUUA